GCCUGCCUGCCUAACCUACAAUCUCCCAAUCGCGCAAUGAUAUACCUCCCCUCUGCGAACCCCCUUCUACUUCACUGAUCUUGCUGUACCACAAUGAGAAGCGGUCUCGACUUCCUAGUCCACCUACUCGCCUUAUCUCCGCUCGCCGUCGAGCCCGCCACUGCCGCUCGUCGCCAUCGUCCUCAAGAGGCCCUACUGCCUCCCAUCCCAAUCGACUACACUCCUCUGCCGAGUCAGCAACAUGAAUUUACUCUGAGGCAUAUAUACCACAAGGGCUCACACCAGUACCCUGACCUCCUCCGCAAGGUCGACAUCAAGCCUGGCGUUACUCUCGAACACAUCCAAGGCCAUGACGACGAUAGCGAAUAUGGCGCCACAGUCUCGGCCACCGACUCCUACCGCAUCAACUCAGGUCCCAUGACAAUACAACGCCUAGCCGACCGCAGACGCAAGACCAUCGACCGUCUACUGGAAGCUAGGAGCAUGUGGGGAGAAGCUGUUUCCUUGCCUCCUUCUGCUUGGACUAUGGAUGAAAUAGACGGUCCCAACAUUACCGACAAGGAGACAGUACUCGGCUUUGCUCGCAUGGCUGCCAAUGCCUAUGUUAUCAAGCCGCACACUGGUGACUGGAUCGAUGUAGGAGGAGGCUUCAACUAUACCGAAGACUUUGGCUGGGAGAGCGACGGUCUUCGCGGCCACAUCUUUGCCGACACUAAGAACAGGACUGUCGUUAUUGGCCUCAAGGGAACUUCACCUGCUGUCUUUGACGGUGCGGAUACUACUGGCAACGACAAGCUGAACGACAAUCUCUUCGGAAGCUGUUGCUGCGGUCAAGGCGGCCAGUCUUUGUGGAAGCAAGUCUGCGACUGUCAGACGUCUGCCUACACUUGCAACUCAACGUGUUUGGUCAAGAACCUGCGAAACAAGGCUCACUACUAUCAAGCUGCUCAAGAGCUAUAUCAUAAUGUCACCGAGAUCUAUCCCAACGCCGACAUCUGGUUGACUGGCCACUCGCUCGGUGGUGUUGUCACUUCGCUUCUUGGCCUUACAUUCGGUCUACCCACUGUGACUUUUGAGACAUUCCCAGAAGCUCUCGCUGCUAGUCGUCUUGGUCUUCCCACUCCUCCAGGCUAUCACAUUGGCGAUCACAAAAACCGUCCUCAUACUGGUGCUUAUCAUUUUGGUCAUACUGCAGAUCCUAUCUACAUGGGAACUUGCAAUAGUGCCUUUUCUGGAUGCACCAUUGGUGGCUAUGCUUUCCAAGGUAAAUGCCACACUGGCAGUAGAUGUUUCUACGACACAAUGGAAGACUUUGGCUGGAGAUCAGGCAUUGGCACUCACAAGAUCAGCAACGUCAUUCACGAUGUGAUUGAGAAGUACAAGACUGUACCAAAAUGCGAACAAGAUCUCGACUGCAUAGAUUGCUACGAGUGGAAGUUCUUCGAGAGUAAUGGCACCGAGACCACGACCAGCUCUUCGUCAACCGCGACAUCGACUACACGAACGAGGACCGAGACAUGCAAAACACCUGGAUGGUGGGGUUGCUUGGACGAGUCUACUACAGUUCCUGCGACCACGACAGAGACCAUCACCACAACGACUUGCUUGUCUCCCGGCUGGUUCGGCUGCAAGGAUGAGAUAACCACAACUGAGACGACAACGAUCACCAGCGGCAUCGCGACUCCGGCCCCAGCACCAAGCGUCACGACAACAUCGGCUGCUGCUUCUUCAUCAGCAAUGACUUCCUCAGCUCCAACAGCGACUGCCACCUCGACUUCCACCUGCAAAUCACCAGGCUGGUUCGGCUGCCACGACUCCACUACCUCGACCAAGCACUCUGCAACAGGUACAUCAAUCUCAAGCACGUCACCCGCAAGUACAUCCACAGCUUCCCACACCUGCACGUCAAAGGAGUUUUUCGGUCUUAUUUGUGUCGACCCUUCAGCCACACAGAACAAGCCCGAACCCACUUCUUCGCACAAGAAAUGUGUCAAGAGGGACUAUGUGGGCAAGUGCAAGGAGUGGAGUUAUGGCGAGGGAAGAGAUGUCAAGACUGACUUAUGAGUGAAUGCAUUAUGGUGAUUUUCAAUUGCUGGCGUUUUGGUGGGUGGCUGGGUGUUUUGUGGUAGAACAUAUGCAUGGAUGGGUGGAUGGGUUGGUUUGUAGUUUAUUCAAUAUCUUUCACACUUCAAAUGCUUUUGUUUAGUUUGGUCGCGAUUCGGCAUAUUCUACCAAAUCUUCUCUGUUUGAGCUAACCCCUUUCUUCUUCC